GCAUGCUGAAAGCACAGCUCACUGGACAGACCUAUCGGACAGCAGAAUGACAGCAGGGGCAAUUCGCUGCUUGCUCUCCUGUAACAGCCUGGCUCCUCGCUUAUGCUUGGAAUCCUGUAAACUGUAAGGCUGACCUUGUCUAGUCAGAUUUCCCACCUCCACCUACUGCAAGGGGACAUCCACCCCAUCCAGGUUUGGAGCAAAGAAGUGUUCCUGAUGGGCUAGUCUCCAAAAAAGGCAAAGAAGAAGACAGAAGGAGGUGGUUCCAAUGUAUUCUCCAUGUUUGAUCAAACCCAGAUUCAGGAGUUUAAAGAGGCUUUUACCAUCAUGGAUCAGAAUAGAGAUGGCUUCAUUGACAAAGCAGACCUGAGAGAUACAUUUGCUGCAUUGGGUCGCUUGAAUGUCAAGAAUGAAGAGCUAGAAGCCAUGGUGCAGGAAGCUCCAGGUGCCAUUAACUUCACCAUUUUCCUGACUAUGUUUGGUGAAAAACUGAAAGGCACGGACCCAGAAGAGACCAUUCUGAAUGCUUUUAAGAUUUUCGACCCAGAAGGAAAAGGCCACAUAAAGGCAGACUACAUCAAAGAAAUGCUUAUGACACAAGCAGACCGAUUCAGUCAAGAAGAGGUCAGCCAGAUGUUUGCUGCUUUCCCUCCAGAUGUCUCCGGUAAUCUUGACUAUAAGAACCUUUGUUAUGUUAUCACCCAUGGUGAGGAGAAGGACUAAGAGGGGAUGAGCUUCUCCUCUGAAGAGAUCUUAUGCUGAGUUAUUUCCCCGUGUUUUUGUAUGGGGGACAGAGAGCUAAGCAUUCAACGUGCUGAAGCCAUAUGCUCAUCAGAAC